AUGCCAAUAGUCAUGUCUAAAAAGCGGCAACUUCUGUUAACUUGUUUUGAGAAGGAAUCGAAACGGUCAAGGAAAGAUCCACCUCAAGAUGCGAUCAAGAAACUAGUUUGGAAUACUAUCUACAGAGACAACUUACAAAUCCGACAUGCAGUCAUUUUUUCCAUAAAUCUGUGCGAUGAGUAUCUGAACAAUCUUGAAAAAGAGAUUACAUUUCUUACUGGUGAUAUGUCGAGAGUCAAGGUAUUUGGAAAAUGGCACAAUAUUCCUCGUAAGCAUGCAGCAUAUGGUGAGGCAGGUGUUGAAUAUACUUACAGUGGGGUAACUGUUGCAGCAAAACCAUGGACUGAGACACUGACUCUGAUAAAGAAGAGAGUUGAGGGACUUACAUCAUUUUCUUACAACUUUGUCCUUGUAAAUCGUUAUGCAGAUGGGAAUGAUCGGAUGGGAUUCCACAAAGAUGACGAAAAAGAAUUAGAUACAUCAGUUCCAAUUGCCAGUAUAUCUCUUGGUGCAGCUCGUGAUUUUAUUUUGAAGCACCAGGACCCUGAAGCUGGUAUACCUAAUGAGACGAUUUUGUUAGAAAAUGGGAUGUUGUUACUGAUGGAGGGAAAAACUAAUGAGUUUUGGUAUCACGGCUUACCUACCCGCAAGAAGUGCUCUAGUUUGAGAAUAAAUCUAACAUUUAGGAAAAUUGUUGUUAAAUAAUUAGCUUGAUUUUUAAAAGCUUGAA